CUAUCGGUCGGUUGCGUGCGUGCGUUGAUUUUUAUGUGAUUCAUGAAUUUUCAUUUUUAUUCUUAUAUAUUAUUAAUUUAUAACAUAUAAUAAUAAACAUUCAAUAUGAGGCAUGGUUAAGUAAUGUAUUAAUCCUGUAUAGUUUAGGAGUUAUUUAUGACUGCAACAACAAAAGUAAGAAUGGAAAAUAAUUUGAGUCGCAGUGGUAGCCGAUCGAGCUCAGUUUGUGAACUCGAAAAAGAUUUUAGUGAUAUGGAAAUUAUGAAAAGUAGGACGAACCGACGUAACGUAAUGAUCCGAACACCACUAGCGCGGAAAGCGAAACGAGUUAGAUUUUUCAGAAAUGGUGAUAAAUUCUAUUCAGGAGUAAUAAUCCCAGUCUUGCCAGAACGAUACAGGUCAUUCGAUAGUUUAACAGCAGAUUUGACAAGGGUUUUAGUUGACAAUGUCACACUUCCCAGUGGUGUCAGGACAAUAUACUCCCUUGAGGGUAGAAAAAUAGGUAAAUUGGAUGAUUUAGAAGAUGGCCAGUCAUAUGUAUGCAGUGGCUUUGGAGAACCAUUCAAACGUUUGGAUUAUGAAGCCAGUGCUGUUACACCACAGUCUUUCAGACUAAGUGGUCCAGAGUCUUUAAGUGACAGUGCAAGUCCUUCUCCCGCGAGAGCAAACAAUAGAGCAUCCCGAUGUCUUCCUGCAAAUGGUAGUAGUACUACUGGCAACGGAACGGCGCGAAUCAGCCCCGCUGGCGAGAGUGUAGUUCGGCCGCGGAUAGUCACAAUUAUCAGAAAUGGAGUAAAACCGCGCAAGGUGUGUAGAUUGUUACUGAACAAACGUAACAGUCCUACACUAGAGCACGCGUUGGCGGCGAUCACGGAAUGCAUCAAAUUGGACACAGGGUGCGUUCGGAAGGUGUUCACGCAGUCUGGGACGCCGAUCACGGCGUUGCAUCAUUUCUUCGAAGACGAAGACGUUUUCUUCGCUUAUGGAAAUGAAAGAGUUAAUCAAGAAGAUUUCGAAUUGGAGUUUGAAGAGAGCAAAGCUGUGUUACAAUGUAGAAAAACUCCCAUUACUAGGAAUUCGAGAGUGGGGCCGAAGCCCCGCAUGCCGGUGAAGGCGGGCGGGGGCGCGGCGCGGGCGGCCAGCGAGGCGGGCGCGGGGGUGCCCGGCGACGCGCAGGAUGAAGACGCCUGUCUCACUCUACCGCAGCCGCUCAGACUGAAGUAUAGCGUGGGCAAGAUUAUAGGUGACGGCAAUUUCGCAGUUGUGCGAAUUUGUAAAGACAAGACGACCAGCAAAGAAUAUGCGCUCAAAGUCAUAGACAAGGCAAAAUGUAAAGGAAAGGAGAACUACGUGGAGGCCGAAGUGAGAGUUAUGCGCAAGUUAUGUCACCCUCGCAUAGUGUCCUUGAUUGAAGAGCAAGAUAGUCCAGAGUGGUUGUUCCUAAUUAUGGAGUUAGUCAGCGGUGGCGACUUAUUCGAUAGUAUCGCGGCAGCUUCCAAAUUCUCUGAGCCACAAGCCCGUUUGCUAAUUGGCCACUUAACAUCAGCUAUUGCAUACCUCCACUCGCUUUCUAUAGUGCAUCGUGACAUCAAACCAGAAAAUCUCUUGGUGGAAAUAGGCCCAGACGGCAGCAUAUUGGGUUUGAAGCUGGCUGACUUUGGCCUCGCCGUGGAAGUGUUCCGGCCGCUGCACGCCGUCUGCGGCACGCCCACCUACGUAGCGCCGGAGAUCCUGUUGGAAACUGGAUACGGGCUGAAGAUCGAUGUAUGGGCGGCGGGUGUGAUCCUAUACAUACUGCUGUGCGGUUUCCCGCCGUUCUCGUCCCCGGACGGCGACCAGGAGAAGUUGUUCGACGCGAUCCUGUCGUCGCGGCUGGAGUUCCCCGCGCCGCACUGGGAGCGGGUGUCGGCCGGGGCCAUUGACCUCGUCGCUAACAUGCUGCGGCCGCAGCCGGAGCUCAGAUUCGCAGCGGAAGAUGUAUUAGACCAUGCUUGGAUGGCGGAUGAUUACGAUGAGAGCUGCGACUUCCGCACGUGGUACGACGAUGACUCGUCAUAGCGCCGCGCCGACCCCCCGCGCCCUCACAGCGGUCGAUGACCCCGCGUGCUGUAGCCUCCGCGUGCAACGACAAAUGCCUUCACGUAAACACCAAUACCAAAGCUAAUUUAACGUAAUCACGACCGUAUUGCAUUGUUCAAGUGGUGGUUUAGAGUUGAAAAGUAACAAAAUCUUUAUAAUUUGUAGUUAGAAAACGUUCGAAGUUGCCUACUAAAUUGCUCUUUACCAUUGAGAUCAAGCUGCUCUGGUUGUGUACUGUAGUAUACAAUACAAAUAUUAGAUAUAAAGAUUGGUUAAAAAUUUUUUUUUAUAGAAUUUAAAGAAACUAUUAUCUCUGUAGUUUCAAAUACGUUUUAAACAUGGCCAUACAAAGUUACAUAGCAGAAGAUGUCCGACAUUUCCAGUUUGAGGCAGAACAAAUAGCCAAAGCUCUAUAGCAACUCUUCGCGCACAUCUUGUUAUUAACUUCAGUUGAAUGACUAAUGUGGCUGAUUCCUCUGUCCGGGAACAAUGCAGUACAAUUGACUUUUGAUACUAAUUGUAUGUGUCACACGUUUUUUAUUUUCGAUACGUAGAUCGCAGUGCUCCAUUAGGCUAGAGCUAAGGUAGAGUAUACGGCUGUUAAGCGGCUUAGUAUUAUCUGUGUUCUAUCUUCAUUCGGCUCCGGCCAGUAAGUACAUUAUAGUUUCUACCAUACAUAUCUCACUGGCUUGAACGAUCUCUAGUUUUCAUCUUGUUAUCUCUCCAGUUAGAUUAAAUGAUUAGGUUUAAAGAAAUUAUAAUAUUUAUGAAAAAUGUUUUUAUUUUAUGAUAUUGUGUAAUAUACGAGUAAUAUAUCUUAUUUAAUUUGAAUGAAUUAAUAUUUACAAGUGUAGAGCGCAAGCUUGAAUUAUUUUGUAUCAUAAUGAAAUGCUUAUAGGGAUAUAUUCAUUGCUAUUGCUUCUAUAUAACCAUAUCACUCCGCGUUCAUUGGGGCUUCGCCUCACGCUUACAGCCACCGCGCUAGUGUCAUUAAAGACAUGAACCAGUGACCGCUCUCUAUAGCAAUUUAAAAUGUUUUGUUUAUUAUAGUUGUUCAAAUUAAUAAAAAAAAUUUACAUAUGAACUUACAAAAAAGUGUUACGAGACUUAAAGGCGGUGUUGUAGAAUGGUGCUUAAACAACAGCAAAGCAGAAACGAUUUCCGAUCAUUUCAUUAUUUUGACUAAUACUGAUUUCAUGUAUUUCACGUCACUACCUACAAGGAAAUUAAUUUCAAUACAUUUUUAAAUUUUGAACACAUACUCCAUGGGGUGGUUAAAUCUAAAAGACUUGUACGCGCUUACCAUCAUAUAGUGCCAAAGUUAUUUCAUACAAUCAUAUCAUUAUAUUCAUAAUACAUACAAGAUUACUCUCGAAUAAUAAAUCAUCAUAGUUUUAAUGUAAAAUAGUUCAUAAUUUAAACAAACCUUGAAGUGCUCAAAUAUGUUCUAAAAUAACAUGGAUUGUUUUAUGUUUUUUUUUUUAUUUUAUAUUAAAAAUCAGUUAAUUGAUCUUUUUUGAGCACUUAUGGUGUUAAUUCCGUUUCAAAACCACAUUAAAUGCAACCAAACUUAGACUGAUUAACAUUCCUUUAUAUUCUGUAUCAUUCAUAAAUAAGCAGUAUAACCAUUAGAUGUAAACUGGAGGCUUAAUUAAUGUUCUGGAUAAAUACAUAUUAAAUCUCUUUGUAAUAUUGUAUUUUUAUUGAUCAAGGAAUGUGAUGUUUUUUGUAUAAAUAAUUAGACAACAAACGACUUUUUAAAUUGUUAUAAACAUGGAGUAUAGUUUACUACCACAAGGAAAUGUAUAAGCAAUAAUAUACUGUAUUGAAUAUAUAAAAUGUGUUAUAAACACUCGCCCCAAAAAAUGGCUUUUAUUUCCUUUAUAUGAACUGGUUCAAAAUUAUAUGACAUUCCUGGCAGAAUGAAAAGGUUUUUCUUAAAUCCAGGUUUAAAUUUUUUUACGAAAAUCAUUACAUUGGGUGAUGUGCUUACAAACAUUUUCAUUCUGCCAAUACACAAGAGCAUUGUAGUAUGUAUGUCAAUCACUUUGAUCAUCAAAUUUUGUAAUGCAUUUAGAUAUGGUAUGUGCAUUUGAGUAAAGAAAGCAUUAAAUAAAUUUGUA